AUGGACACCACCACCUUUCGCAAUGUCAUCAACAAUGAGUUGACCACAACAGCUGAAACCCGCCACGGGAUCAACCCUGCGACCGCUCAACCCAAUCCUCCCGUGCCCGUCGCAACCCGCGAAGACCUGGACCGUGCUGUUGACGCCGCCCAGCAGGCCUUCAAGAAAUGGUCCAAGACUACAUUCGAGCAGCGCCGUGCAGCUCUCCAUGCCUACGCGGACGCCAUUGAGAAGAACAAGGAUGCCUUGGCCGCUCUCCUGACCAUGGAGCAGGGCAAGCCCCUCACCCAGUCGGCCAUGGAGAUUGGUUUUGGUAUCCAGUGGGUGCGGGGAAUCCCGAACAUUGAAAUCCCUGAGAACGUCAUUGAGGAUACGGAGGAGCGACGAGUUAUCCAGCGACACACACCCAUUGGCGUUGCUUGUGCCAUUGUGCCCUGGAACUUCCCCGUGUUGCUGGCAUUGGGCAAGAUUACGCCCGCUGUAUAUACCGGAAACACCAUUAUUGUCAAGCCUUCGCCGUUCACACCUUACUGUGAUUUGAAGCUGGUGGAGCUGGCUACCAAGUUCUUCCCUCCUGGUGUUGUUCAGGCUUUGAGUGGUGAUGACUCCCUUGGGCCGUGGUGUACUGAGCACCCUGGCAUUGGCAAGAUCAGCUUCACUGGAUCGUCACAGACAGGACAGCGAGUCAUGGCAAGCUGCGCAAAGACCAUCAAGCGGGUGACCUUGGAACUGGGCGGCAACGACCCGUGCAUCGUCUGCGACGAUGUCGACGUGGACACCGUGGUGCCAAAGGUCGGCAUCUUCUCCUUCCUCUGCACCAGUCAAAUCUGCAUGAUGAUUAAGCGCCUCUACGUCCACGAACGCAUCUACGACGAAUUCCGCGCCAAACUCGCCGAGUUUGUCAAGUCCCUUCCCGUCGGCGACGGCACCAAGCCCGAGACUUUCUUCGGCCCCGUCCAAAACGCCAUGCAAUUCGACAAGGUCAAGGAACUCUUCGCCGACACCGCCAAAUCAGGCUACAAGACGGCUCUGGGUGGCAAUAUUCCCGACUCCUCUGCCUCUCCGGGGUACUUCGUCCAGCCAACGAUCGUCGACAACCCGCCCGAGGAUUCGCGGGUCGUACAGGAGGAGCCCUUCGGCCCUAUCCUGCCUAUGAUGAAGUGGUCGGAUGAGGACGACGUGAUCGCGCGCGCAAACGGUACUGACUCGGCUCUCGGUGCAUCUGUUUGGACCAAGGAUAUGGACCGGGCUACCCGUAUGGCGGACCAAUUAGUUGCGGGAAGUGUGUGGGUGAACUCGCACUUUGACAUCUCGCCAAAUGCGCCGUUUGGUGGACACAAGGGAAGUGGUUUGGGCACGGAGUGGGGUAUUAAUGGGCUGCUUGGGUACUGUAACUCGCAGACUUUGUGGUUGAAGAAGAGUCCUUGA